AUGGAUGCAGUAAUGUUGAACCUGCGUUCUGGCGUCAUCGUCCAGUUUCCUGCCUCAGUAGCUUCCAUCAAGCAGCAACAACUCAAGAUCACAGCGUGGAUCACUCUUAAUCAGCAACUCAAUAUCCUGUUGAAUUUGGCAGAGAAUGCACAUUUUACUUCAGUCUUUAGGCCAAGAAAUGAGCAUACCGAGACAAGUCCUAAUGGAAUUAGAAGAAGCCAAUCAACAAAAAGGGAUGAUGUGCCGGAGAUCUCCCCUUCCUCCAACGAAAAUGUUAGUUCUGUCAAACAGGAAGAGAUAAUCUCUCUGUUCAGACGGAUACAAUCUUCGAUCUCAAAUGAGUCGGUGAGUACUGAGAAGGAAGGGACCGACCCGAAUCAGGAUAAACCUGCGGCCGAAUCGGUCUUGGAGAUCAUUCGCCGAUCAAGGAAGCAAGCCAAAGAAAAAGUCUCAUUAAAAGGAGGCAACAAGCAAAAGCCAAGGAGAAGGAGCUUCCCUAAGAAAGAAGAGGAUGAAGAACACAUUUCCUCACCAGUGACCGACAUCAAGUUAACAAGGCCACCAUCCAAUUUUGUCAAGAAAUCUCCAAUCCCAUUUCCAUCGGCUCCAAAGGGAAAGGAAGGCCAGUGGAAGGAGGCAUCGCCAGCCUCAGCCGGGAGCAAUGACUCCACUUCACGGAAAAUAGAAGAGAUGAAACUUCAAGAGCUCAAGGAGUUGGCUAAAUCUAGAGGUGUUAGGAGCUAUUCAAGGCUAAAGAAGAACGAACUUGUGGAGCUACUGAGAUCCUGAAGCACCAACUCCAGUAACAGAACCAAUCUCACUCUUAAAACCAUUAAAGGAGAUGAUAAUCACCAUUCGAUAGUUGACUGUGGAUGCAAUUGAGCCUCCCCUUUGUUCCUUCUUGUACACCCGAGAUUACACUUCCUCACAUAAUUCCAUAGUCUGUAAAUUCAGGGUCCUUGAUAGGUAAAACUUGCACAAUUCUUAGCUGUAAGAGCGACUUCUGUUAUCUAUAAUGAAUUGUUGGUUAUUUUCAAUUUAGUCAA